GCUGGCUGGAGGCGUGAUCCUGGGUGUGGCUCUGUGGCUCCGCCAUGACCCACAGACCACCAACCUCCUCUAUCUGGAGCUGGGAGACCGGCCUGCACCCAACACCUUCUAUGUAGGCAUCUACAUUCUCAUUGCUGUGGGUGCUGUGAUGAUGUUCGUCGGCUUCCUGGGCUGCUACGGGGCCAUCCAGGAGUCCCAGUGCCUGCUGGGGACGUUCUUCACCUGCCUCGUGAUCCUCUUUGCCUGUGAGGUGGCCGCCGGCAUUUGGGGCUUUGUCAACAAGGACCAGAUCGCCAAGGAUGUGAAGCAGUUCUACGACCAGGCUUUGCAGCAGGCCGUGGUGGAUGACGACGCCAGCAAUGCCAAGGCUGUGGUGAAAACCUUCCAUGAGACGCUCAACUGCUGUGGCUCCAGCACGCUGUCCGCACUGACCACAUCAUUGCUGAAGAACAGCCUGUGUCCUUCCGGCAGCAACAUCAUCAGCAACUUCUUCAAGGAGGACUGCCACCAGAAGAUCGACGACCUCUUCUCUGGGAAGCUGUACCUCAUUGGCAUCGCAGCCAUCGUCGUUGCUGUGAUCAUGAUCUUCGAGAUGAUCCUAAGCAUGGUGCUGUGCUGUGGCAUCCGGAACAGCUCUGUGUACUGAGGCUGCCUGCAGCUCCAGCCGCAGGAACCCCUGCAGUGACCCCAGAGCGACCCGGACGCUUCUGAGGGGCCGGUCACCGCCUGUGUAUAUAUAACAUUUCCGGUAUUACUCUGCUACACUUAGCCUUUUUACUUUUGAGGUUUUGUUUUUGUUCUGAACUUUCCUGUUACCUUUUCGGGGCUAACGUCACAUGUAGGUGGCGUGUGUGUGAGUAGAGCUCGGCCCAGGCCUUGGGGACCAUAGGGCAGGAGUCCCUCUGCUUCUGGGGCCCCUUGGGGAGCCCUGCCUGCCCAGCCAGACCUCUCCUGGGGGCCACUCACCCAGAGGCUCAGCUUGGCUGAGUUGGGGGGGCUGUGUCUGCCUGCCCCGCCCGUCCUGUGGGCUGCACGGCUCUCACCUUUUUAACCCCUGUUCCCUUCCUGCCCUGGUUUCUAGAGCCAGGUCUAUGAGCACUCUUAUGCCUUCAAUGCACCUGUCCUUUCUAACAUGUCACUUUCAAUUGUAAUUACAUCUCGAAACAGUCAUUUAAUAAAGAAGGAAAAUCAGGCAUGCUAA